CCAAAAAAGACUCACGUAUACCUUGAAAUUUUUAAGACAUGAUUAUCGUUGUAAUAUCGUUGGACAUUGUGCUCAUUAUGGCACAUUAAUUUAUAAUAAAUUUUAAUUUAUCACAAUCAAUUUUCUAUUAAUUUAUUAUAUAUAUAGGACGCUAUUAUUUCAAAUCUGAAUAUAUACCUAAGUUCACUGUUGAACAUCAACCUAACAAGUUGUAAAUACACAAUUUAUAAUUGUUUGGAACAAAAUUGAUUUCUCAAUAUGAUAAUUUAUAUAUAAAAUUAUUGAUAAAUUUAAAAUAGAAAUGUGAAUUGUAUUAUGACAAAAACUGAAAUAUUUUGGAAUCAAAAAAUGGAAAAUGAUGAAAAACAAAAAUGCAAUAUAAAUGAAGCUAGUACAUCUGUACCUGUAGAUUAUCAAUCUGAUUCUCAUAUUGAAUCGGAAGAAGAAAAUGUAAAAGGGCAAAAAACAGCAAAUUUCAUGGCAAGUGGAUUGAUAGGAGCUUCGCCCCCGAAAUUCGUUUCUCUUGAAGAAAUUAUAAAAGCUGCAAACGGUAUGAAAAAUAUGGCAUUAGCACAUGAAAUUGCAGUGGAUAAAAAUUUUCAAUUACAAAAACUUGAACCUGAUGAUGGUACAUUCCAUAGAAGAGUAAAAGAAAUUAUGCAUAAGGCUUUCUGGAAUUUGUUAGCAGAACAAUUAGAAGAAGAUCCUCCGAAUUACACUCAGGCAUUGGUUUUAUUAAAAGAAAUUAAAGAAACAUUAGAUGAAUUAGUAUUACCACAUCAUGCAAAAAUUAGAGAAAAUUUGAGAGAAAUACUUGAUGUGGAUUUAAUUAGACAACAAGCAGAAAAUGGUGUUUUGGAUUUCCAUCAUUAUGCACAAUAUGUAAUAUCAAUUAUGAGUAAAGUUUGUGCACCUGUAAGAGACGAAAAGAUUCGAGAACUUAAUCAAAAAACAGAUGUUAUUGAAAUAUUUAAAGGCAUAAUGGAAAUAUUACAAUUAAUGAGACUUGAUUUGGCAAAUUUUACUAUUACUAUGAUGAGACCAAAUAUAGUUGCUUCAAGUAUUGAAUAUGAAAAAGCCAAGUUUGCUGAAUUCUUAAAAGUUAAUACAAAUGGUCUACAAUUCACAGAAAAAUGGUUAUUAAGGCACUAUGAUCCAACAAAAAUUACAAGCAAUUCAUCUGAUAUUAAUGCUGUGCGUCAGCUUACACAUUGUCUUUUAACUGAAGCAUAUCUUGAUCUUUUAGAAUGGGAUUUUAAUCCAGAUGCAGAAACAUUAAUGCUUGAUCAAGGUAGAUUACUUGAACUGCGUGAUAAAACCAGCAGAUUAAGCAUUAUAGGAUCUAUAAUAUUGUUAGUAAAUAAUACAGUUGGUGCACCAAUUCAUGGAGUAUCAAGUUUUAAAAAAAAUAUUAAACAACAUCUUAAUGUAUUAUUAGAUUCUGUACAUUCAAAUAAGGAUUUGGAAACUGUAAUGCCAAAUAUUGUAUUGCAAGUGAAAACAGAUUUAGAAACAACAUUACAAGAAAUUGGUUCUACUCUUUUAUCUAUAGAAAUGGAAUCAUUAUUAGAAGGACAAAUAUUGGAUCUUAUUAAUCCUGGACAUAAAAUUAGACAUCUUAUAAAUCUGAGAAUUCGUCAAUUUUUACAAAAAAUAAUAUUAUCUCAAUCUGCAGCACCGCAACAAGUUCCACCUGGGCUUUCAUCACUUCAAGAAGAAUUAACAGCCAUAGUAGCUCAAUUCUUAAUACUUAUUUCUCAUAAUCGAAGUGUAUUUGGAGAAUAUUAUCAAGAAAUUAUAACCAAUGCACUUAUUAAAAAAGAAACUGAAAAUAAUAAAGAUACAAGUGCAAUUCAUACUAUGGACUUAUAAAACAAUUAAGAUUUUAAAUCAAUUUUUGUAAGGGAAACAUUAUAUUAUGUGUUCAUAAAAUAGCACAUUAAUUAAAAAAAAUAAGUAAUAUAUAUCUUAAAGUAACACUUCAUUUGUUUUCAUAAAUUAAGUUUUCUAACAAAAAAGAAAAGAAUAUUGAAAUAUAAAAACAAAAACGUUAUAUAGAAAGAUUCUGAUGUUGAUAUAAGUUAUAAAUAACAUUAUAAUUAUACAAGUAAUAGAUAUACAUAAAAAGGAAAAAACAUAUUUUCACACAUAUUGCAAAUAUUAAUUAUUUGUUUCUAAUCAUAUGUAAACAUUAUUUUACAUAUAAUUUAACUGUAACUUAAUUUUUCAAUCUGUAAUAUUAUGAUAAUAUUAAUUACAACUUAUUUUUUUGUACUUGGUGCUUUAAUAUGUUUCAAAUGUUAUUUUAAGUAUUGUAUUCAAAACCAAUAUGUAAUAUAUAUUUGUAUAUAUAUGCGAAGAUUAAAUCAAUUUGUAAUGAAA